GAGAAGCCAUAUAAAACACAUACUAGUCUGUUUUAAAACAGAGUAUGGGUCUGAUCUGAUCCACAUUGAGACGCGUGCGGCAGAUGGGCCUGAACCCAAUCUUAUCCUAUUCUCACAAGCAUUAAAUACAUCACUCUUCUAAUCAAACGCUUUCAAUGCACAAAACUGUAACGUGACGAAACAGAGGGAUUAUAAAAAGAGAAGUUACUCGAUAGUUCAAAUCAGAAGAUGGUUCCUGUCACACCAACUCAAUAACAGAUCAAACCAAACCCAAACUGUUAGGUUUCCUUUGUUUGGUGUGAAGCCAUGGCUGAUUCUUCUUCCAACCUGAAAUCCGACGCGAUAAUGGAGCAGAUGAAGCAACACCUCGCCACCGACGCUGGCAAACAAGUCACCAAUAAAAUUGGACUCGUUUAUCAGUUUCACAUUGCUCCUAAGAAACUUGGAUUCGACGAGGUCGUCUACACCGUUGAUCUCAAGAAAGGAGAGGUCACCAAAGGGUCAUAUGAAGGAGGAAAGCCUGAUGCAUCUUUUUCAUUUAAGGAUGAGGACUUUGUUAAGGUUGCCUUAGGGAAGAUGAAUCCGCAGAUUGCUUUCAUGAGGGGUGCGAUGAAGAUUAAGGGAAGUUUGAGUGCUGCUCAGAAAUUUACUCCGGAUAUCUUCCCAAAGCCUUCUAAGCUGUGAGCUGAGAUGUCUGCAACUACCUGCACAAGGUUGCUAGAAUUAUCGUUUGGCUGCAGUCAAACAAAAUAGAUAGCAAUCAUAGUAGCAUCAAAAGCUGAGGAUUAUAAUUAUAUCUUUAGUUAAUGCAUGGAUCAUCAUUCCUAAGGUUGUUGGUGGUUCAUGAUUUUAAUAUAUCUCUGAACACUGAAGGAUAUUUUUAGAUACUCUUCUGCAAAUCUGUCAUAGGUUUUUAUUCUACUGUGACUGGAUGUUUCAAGUUUGAAAAUAGUUAGUUCAUCGUGCAUUAUUUAGAGCUACUUUUCCA